AUGAAAGAGAAGAGCAUCUUAAAGAAGAAGGCCAAUACACUUGUGAAUGAUGAAGAGGAUGUUGGAGCUACUAAAGGGAGUCAACCUCACACUCAAGAAAUUGGUUGCAAUAAGGGUAAUGAGGUAAAUCUUCAAGAACUUCCUUUUCCACAUUCUUAUCUUCAAGGCAUGAAAAAAGCUAGUUCUAAAAAGAAAGAUGAUGACUUGUUUGAGUUGUUUAGUAAAUUAGAAGUUAAUGUACCUUUACUUGAGUUGGCCUUUCAACCUAAAUAUGCUAAGAUUUUGAGGGAUAUGUGUAAAUAUAAAAAGAAGUUCAAACCUAAUGAGAUGGUCCAACCACCCUCCAAUGUUAGUGUACUUUUUAAGCCUCAAUUGCUGGUUAAAUGUCAAGACCCGGGGAGUUUCACCAUACCUUGCACUAUAGGAAGGACCACUAUUCCAAAUGCCUUACUAGACCUAGGAGCUGCUAUUAAUAUGAUGCCCAAGUCAGUCUAUGAGUCCCUAGGUAUCACUACUCUUAAGCCCACUACUGUUAUGUUGCAAUUAGCAGACCACACUAUUAGAUAUCCACAUGGGGUGCUUGAGGAUGUGUUAGUAAAGGUUAAAGACUUGGUUAUUCCUGCAGAUUUCUAUGUUUUAGAUAUGUCUAAGAAAAGCAUGAAUGAAGGUGCAUUAAUUCUUGGUAGACCUUUCAUGAGAACCACUAAUACUGAAAUUAAAAUGAAGGAAGGAAUUGUGAUGGAAAACACCAUAGAUUGGGAUGCUAGAUCUGAGAAGUCGGUUAAUGAUUAG